AUGUCAGUGUGCAGAGUUUCUACCCCAUCCCCUCCAGAUAUAUUCUGCCCAGCUGCAGAUAACUGGUGUUACACCCAGGUGAAAGUGAUCAAGUUCUCUUACAUAUGGACAGUAAACAACUUUAGUUUUUGUCGGGAGGAGAUGGGUGAAGUGUUGAAGAGUUCCACUUUCUCUGCUGGGGCUAAUGACAAGCUGAAGUGGUGUCUGAGGGUGAACCCUAAAGGCCUGGAUGAGGAGAGCAAAGACUAUCUCUCUCUGUACCUCCUGCUGGUGUCUUGUAACAAAAGUGAGGUUCGAGCCAAGUUCAAGUUCUCAAUACUCAAUGCAAAACGUGAGGAGACCAAAGCAAUGGAAAGCCAGAGAGCAUACAGAUUUGUGCAAGGGAAAGAUUGGGGCUUCAAGAAAUUCAUUCGAAGAGACUUUCUCAUGGAUGAGGCAAACGGCCUCUUACCAGACGACAAGCUGACUAUAUUUUGUGAGGUGAGCGUAGUCGGAGACACUGUCAACGUUUCAGGACAGUCAAACUGCACGCCGGUCAAGGUACCAGAGAGUCACCUGAGUGAUGAUCUAGGCCAGUUGUUUGACCGCUCCUCUUUCAGUGAUGUCACAUUGUGUGUGGGUGGCAGAGAAUUUCUGGCCCACAAGGCUGUUUUGGCAGCAAGGUCCCCAGUCUUUCAUGCAAUGUUUGAGCACGAGAUGACAGAAAGCAAACAGAAUCGGGUAGACAUUGAGGACAUUGACCAUGAGGUGAUGAGAGAGAUGCUGAGGUUUGUCUACACAGGCAAGUCUCCAAGUUUGGACAAGAUGGCAGAUGACCUGUUGGCUGCAGCAGACAAGUACGCACUCGACCGGUUAAAGGUGAUGUGUGAGGAAGCUCUGUGCUCCAACCUGACAAUAGAGAAUGUUUGUGAUAUCCUGGUACUUGCAGAAUUACACAGUGCCAAACAGCUGAAGACACACUCCAUUGAUUUCAUCAACAGCCACGCCUCAGACAUCAUGGAGACCACUGGCUGGCAGUCGAUGAUUCAGGCACAACCCCAUCUUAUUGCUGAAGCUUUUCGGGCCCUAGCCAGUCAGCAGAGUCCUCCCCUUGGUCCACCACGCCAGAGACUCAAGACCUCCUGA